AUGAGAGUUACAACAAAUCGAACAUCAAAACUUCAAACAGCUACACGUACAAAAGCAUCAACAACAACCAUAUUAAAUGAACAAACAGGACAUUUACAAAAUGGUACAACUAUAGUUUCACCAACAUCAUCAAAUAAUGGUGCACUUCGUUUAAUUGAUUCAGGUGAUUAUUUAUCAACCGCCGUUUCACCACAACAACAUCAACCUGUAACCACAUCAACAAUGCUUCAGUAUUUACAACCAUCUUCAAAUGCAAUACAAAAUAUGCUCAUUCAACAGAUAUUAACAAGUCCCGAACAGCAACGUCUUCUUGUAGAAAAAAUUAAUCAACAAUUAAGUGAACAAAUUCAACUUAAUCUUGUUCAACCAACAACUACAUCCCAAACAACAAAUUCAGACAUUAUUAAACAAAUUCAAAAUCAACUUGCGAAUCAACAAUUACUUCUUCAACAAGUUUCAUCAAAACAACAACAACAACAACAACAAAUUCCAAGUCUAUUUAGCAUUACAAAUUCCAAUAAUACUGUUCAGCCAACAACAGCUACUCUUCAAUAUUUAACAACAACACCUAACAAUUCGUCUACUAGUGGUGUAAAUAUUAUCGGAAAUAAUAAUAAUAGUACUGACACACGUAUAACUAUGCCAACAACAACAACAACUAUAAAUCGUUCAUCAACACUUACAAAUCAACAACAACAACAAGAUUCAUUAAAUCCUUUAUAUCAACGAAAUUAUUGUCGUUGGCCAAGUUGUGAUACAUUAUGUACAUCAUUAAUUGAUUUUAAUCGACAUCUUAAUGAUGAACAUUCACUUGAUGAUCGUUCUGUUGCACAAGCACGUGUACAACAGCAUGUUGUACAACAACUUGAAUCAUUAUUAACGCGUGAACGUGAAAUUCUACAAGCUAUGAUGAAACAUUUACAUGGUGGUUCAAUAAUAAAUACAAAUGGUGCAACAUCAUCAAAUUCAAAUACAACAACAACAACACAUAUUAUAAGUCAACCAACAACACGUACAUUAACAACAUCAACAGCACCAUAUCAUCAUACAUUAACAACAAAUCCACGUACAACACAAUUAACAUCAUUAUCAUCACCAGCAUCAUCAUCAUCAUCAAUAAAUAAUACAUCAUCAUCAACAACAGCAGCAGCACUUCAUCAUUUACCAAUAGUUAAAUUAGAAAAUGCAUUUUUAACAUCAACUGGUGUUGUUACAGCAACAAAUUCAAUUGAUUCAUAUAAUCGUACAACACCACAUGAUCUUUCAUCAGCCGCUAGUGCAACAACAUCAACUAUAUUACGUGCUAGUGCAUCUAGUUCACCACCACCUGUUCAUACAGUUGAAGAAGAAGUUGGUGAUGAUACACAAGAUGAUGAUGAGGAUGAUAAUAUGGAUGAUAUGAAUGGUGAUAUAUCAGCACAAACAGGUCAUAAUGGUAAUAUUUUACCUAUAAUUAGUAUGGAAAAACAUCGUCUUAAUCGAAAAUCAAAAUCAAUGUUAGCAUUAGGCGGUAAAAAAGCAGGAAAAGGCAAAGAAUUAAAAAAUCGUGAAUAUUAUAUGACACAUGAUGUACGUCCACCAUUUACUUAUGCAACAUUAAUUCGUCAAGCUAUUAUUGAAUCUCCAGAUAAUCAAUUGACAUUAAAUGAAGUAUAUAAAUGGUUUGAAGGUCAAUUUUUGUAUUUUCGAAAGAAUGCACAAACUUGGAAGAAUGCUGUACGACAUAAUCUUUCAUUACAUAAAUGUUUUAUGCGUGUAGAAAAUAUUAAAGGUGCCGUAUGGACUGUAGAUGAAAAUGAAUUUUGUAAAAGACGUUUAACACGUAGUGCUGAAAAAGGAAAUAAUCAUAAUGAAUCAUCAUCAUAUGGACAUAAUACAUCUACUCGUUUAUCAACUGGUGAUGAUCAAGCACUUUAUUCUUAUCCAUUUGGUAUAGACGAUGAUUAUAAAGAUUUUAAGGGUUUAUUAAAUCAUCAUGAAUUAGCAUUAGGUGGUAAUCAUUCCCAUGGUGGAAAUGGUGAUGAAGUUGAUGAUGAUGAAGAUGAUGGAGACAAUUCUGCUAGUGUAAAUGGAAAUGGCGGUGAUCAUCAUGAUCAAUCUACUGAUAUGAAUCAUAGUCAAUAUGAUCAAACUGAUGAUGAUGAUGGACAAAAUGAUAUGAGAAAUUUAUCAUUAAAAGAGUUAAAGAGAAAUCAAAGAAAGGCACAUGGUGACGAUGAACAAGUUGAUGAAUAA